GCAAUUGUUUUUCAAGUAUGGCAGCUUGUUACUUUAAUUGUGAUCUAGUGAGGUCUUCUUCUUCUCAGCCGGCAUAUCAGUCAGCUGUUUUGCUGUCAAAUGAGAGUUGUUGAUUUUCCCAUAAAUUUGUUCGCAGGAUUGAAACGAUUUUUUCUUUGAUUCUCCACUUAAAUAAGAAAUAAAUACUAUAUAUUUAUGACGGGUGAUAGCGAAAUGAAAAACGAAAGCGCCGAAGACGCUGUAGAUAAUGGAGUAAUCGAUGUAACACACUAUCGAAAGUUGGUAAAAAUCUUCAUCGACAUGCGCCGAUACCAGACGGCACUCUUCUGGGCUGAGAAGGUUUGUGUGCUUAGCCAGAAUGAUCCCAAGGAUGUUUAUUGCCAGGCGCAUUGCAUGUUUUUGCUAAAGGAAUAUCAUCGCGCUGCACAUCUCAUACGACUUUUCGAACUGGAGAAAUCGCACGUAUCCAGCUAUAACUUGUUGCUGGAAAGCUUAUACGAAGCAAAAGAGCUCAAUGAAGCUGUGAGUGUUAUAAACACCAUAGACAUCGAGUUUUUGGCAUCAUCUUUAAUAAGUCAGCCUUUAGACAGUGCGGCAUUGGGCUGUCACUCUACGCUCAAUGCAGAGGAGACGAAUAAAAAUGAAGUUAUGGCAUCAAUAAGUUUUAUAAAAGGCAAAAUCUACGAGGCAUUAGAUAAUCGUGGCUUAGCCAUGGAUUACUAUGUGCAAGCGCUACAUAAAUCCGCAUAUUGCUUUGAGGCGCUCGAAGCGUUAGUACAGCAUGAAAUGCUGAUGGCUUGGGAAGAAAAAGAAUUAAUGCAACAUUUGCCGCUUGUCCAGCACUCGAGUGAAACGGAUGCCAAGUUCAUUAAAAAAUUAUAUGAGUCAAAGCUGAAAAAGUAUUACGAAUCCAUUGAUCCAUCGACUGGGGAUCAGACUAUCAAAGACUUAAACGAGAAAAUUAAAAAAACUCAAGCGUCCGAUGCGCAUCUGCACAAGAAUGUACUCUCAAAGUAUAUGGCUCCACAGAUUAUGUCUCCUGCAAACAAGGUGCUUGCGGAUCUCAAGAACUCGCCCUUUUCUUUACAAAUAAGCCUCACACGCGCUUCAUCUCUCAUUAAUGAGUCAAAUCGUUCGCAUUUCGAAACGCCAGGAAGAGACCGUACAAAAGAGGCAGAUAACAAGAAUAAUUUGCCAGUUUCUGUUUGUUUAAGUCGCAUACAAAAAAGCACUGAUCUCAUGGCCGCUGAAGCGGAGAAGUUAUUCUAUGAUUUCGAGUAUAAGAAGAGCUUCAAAAUCUUGCAAGAAUUACUUAAAGCGGAUCCAUAUCAUAAUACUGGCUUAACACUGCAAAUUGGAUGCUUAGUCGAAUUCGGUGAUUAUAACAAGCUCUUCUAUGUCGCUCACAAACUAGUCGAUCGUUAUCCUGAUAAAGCCAUAUCAUGGUAUGCAGUUGGUUGCUACUACGAUUUGAUUGGCAAGAGUGAUCCGGCGCGCAGAUACCUUUCUAAAGCGACUUCACUUGAUCGCCUGUAUGGGCCCGCAUGGUUAGCCUAUGGACAUUCCUUUGCAAAAGAGAAUGAGCAUGAUCAGGCUAUGGCUGCAUAUUUCAAAGCAACACAACUGAUGCGUGGUUGUCAUCUACCACUUCUCUAUAUUGGUGUCGAAUGUGGACUUACGAAAAAUCUCGAGCUGGCAGAAAAGUUUUUCUUUCAAGCUAUGUCUAUAGCGCCAUUAGAUGUCUUUGUGCUGCAUGAAUUGGGAGUUAUCAAAUAUGAAUAUGAAUAUUACAAAAGUGCUGAAGAAGUAUUUUUACGUACUGCUGAAAUUGUUAGAGCACGCGCUAAAGAAAAUAAAGAGGAACUCUCUGCGCGUUGGGAACCCUUAUUCAAUAAUCUUGGCCAUUGUUGUCGCAAGCGAAAGAAGUAUAAAGAAGCUUUAACUUAUCACCAAUAUGCACUUUUGCUUAAGCCUCAAAGUCCACAAACCUAUACAGCAAUGGGUUUUGUGCACGCACUCAUGGGUAACCUUGAGGAAGCUAUUAUUUACUUCCAUAAGAGUUUGGCUAUUAAUCGUGAUUGCAUUGUUACUACAACUAUAUUGAAAACAUGCAUAGAAGAUCUUAUGAAUGAAGAAACCGUAAUAGAUGAGAUAUGUGGUAGAGAUUUUAGCGGACUCACAUCAUCAUCGACAAAGUCGGCAUCAAAACGUCUACCAACCAUUGAAGAGUCACCAGCAAAAUUCAAUUGCAUGAAGUUGAAAUUUGACGAAGAGGAUGUUACCACAAACCCGCCAGAUAAGUCUGAUAGUAAUGUUGUAAUGGAUAUCAGUAUGGAUUUGUAGUCAAUAUUAGAAUUAAAAAAAAAAAAAUCAAUAUUAUUAUUUAGAGUAUACGAAAAGUAAUAUUUUUUGGGAAAUAGGCCAAUACCAAUAAUAUUACUAAGUAUGAGCCCGUCUAAAAAUAUAUACAUACAAUAGAUUAUAAUUAAGGCUAAUUCCCCGAUAAUCGGCACUAUGUGACCUAGGUUACCUUAUGUUUUCACCUAAUAAGUGUAAGAGUAAAUAUAUGUAUAUCCAACUUACAAAAUUAGAAGCCAAAUUUCAUUAUUUUAUUCAUAGUGUAAUAAUAGUGUUUAUUUCACUUGCGGCAUUCACCAAAUUGAGCAAGUGGCUGACUAUUGAGAACAGUCAUUGCUUGAGCUACUCUGCUCCUUUGUCAAACUGCCAGGCCCCUUGCUCACUUUGGUGAAUACCACUACUAUGAUUUUUACUAACAACACAGAUCAAUAAACCGAUUACCGAUGCUUAAAGGUUUUGUAGAAUUUGAACCUGGACUACAAUAUUAUUCAAUUGAAUUUAGCUUUUUUUUUAGAUAAAUUUUGAUUCUUAGCAUACUUUAGUAAAACAACGAGCAAAUAACAAAAUCUUAAAAUUGUCCUUUUUAGCUUCGAAGUUAAAAAAUUUGGUCCCACAAAACUAAAAAUUAUAUGUAUAUAUAUUUUUUAAAUCCAAAAAAUAACUUUUUUAUUAGUUGUCCAAUAGAUUCACAAUUUACCAGCUCGACAUUCAGGCCGGUUCUGCAAUUCCCUUCCGAGUGAAUUUCAACAAAAUUCACUGUGAACUCUAAUUGGCCGGAGUGGGAAUUCCUCGCGACUGAAUUGCAGAACCUACCUGAUUUUGUAAGUGCUGGGCCUUUUGGUAACAAUCACUAAUAUACCCAUUUGAAUUUGAA